GCGGUGCAUGCGUAUAAGCUGCUCAUUCAAGCAAACAGCGCCCGGAGUUUAAAUGAGCCUUGUUUAGUGACAUUACUUCAUUUCUGCCGCGUACCACUCUGCACGUUUCUUGGAUACUCUGCUGUUCUAUUUCCCUGGACAGUACCACCUGCGUAUAUAAUAGCGAAUAUUGCGUUUGGAAUUACAUGACACCGUCUAGAUGGAACUAAAGGUGUAUCUACUAAAUAUCGGCAGUGGUUGAAGAAUCUUUUUGUUUUCCGCAGAGGAAAUUCUCAGUGGAUUGUUGGUUGAAUAUGGAAUUACGGCGAUAAAGAAAAGUUGGAUUUUAUAAACCGCGACGCAUUUUCUUGGAUGCAUAAAAUGGAGAGAUAAAGCGUGUAACUCCCCAAGCUUAAGGAGAGCGUAUUUGGCCACACCACACCGAGAGGAAAUGCACAGAGGGCUGCUGUUGCUGCCGCGGUCUUCGAUGCCACUCUCUCUUUACGGUAUAACGCCUGUGAGCCGUGUCCCAUUUGCGCUGGCGCUGUCUUCAUUCGGAGGUCGGUGCAGGGGGCUGCAGGAAUGACGAUGCGAGCCUGCCAAUGAGUGGGCCUUGACAGGUCGUCAGAGGACAUCAAAAUGAAACAUCAAUGCCUUCUUUACUCAGCUGUAACUGCCUGGGUACUCCUUAUUCUGAUAGAACAGGGAUUUGCUCUGGCGCAGAGAACUAAAGAGUCCAUUUCUCAGAACGAUGACAGUCCGCAUCAGAAUACUAAUGAAUGUGGCACCUGGGUCCGCAACAUCAAUGGGGGAGUCUUCACAUCCCCCAACUACCCCAACACAUACCCCCCUAACAAGGAGUGUGUUUACAUCCUGGAAGCUCUCCCCCGUCAACGAAUCCAGCUGGCCUUUGAUAGGAACUACUACAUCGAGCCUUCUUUUGAGUGCCGCUUCGAUCACAUCGAGGUACGGGACGGUCCGUUCGUCUACUCACCGAUCAUCGACCGCUUCUGCGGGCCUAAGAUCCCAGGCGCGGUCACUUCCACAGGCCGCUUUAUGUGGCUCAAAUUCACAAGCGACGAGGAGCUGGAGGGCCUUGGGUUCCGGAUUAAAUAUACCUUUAUAGCAGAUCCAGAUUUUCAUCUGCACGUGGGUGGACUGUUAAACCCUAUUCCAGAUUGUCAGUUUGAUAUUGGUGGCUUUGAUGGCGUUAUCCGCUCCGGGCAGGUAGAAGAGGAGGAUAAAGUAAAGCCUAAUGAUCCUCUGGACUGUAUCUGGACCAUCCGCGCUCCUCCUCGGGCCAAGAUUUACCUUCGGUUCCUGGAUUACCAGAUGGAGCACUCCAACGAUUGUAACAAGAACUUUGUGGCGAUAUACGACGGUAGCAGCGCCAUAGAAAACCUGAAGGCCAAGUUCUGCAGCACAGUGGCUAACGACGUCAUGCUGGAAAACGGGGUGGGCGUGGUAAGGUUGUGGGCUGACGAUACGAGCCGACUCAGCCGUUUCCACAUGCUCUUCACCUCGUUUUUUGACCCCCCGUGCAGUCUCAACUCAUUCUUUUGCCAUAGCAACAUGUGCAUCAAUAACUCCCUGGUUUGUAACGGGAUCCAGAACUGUGUCUACCCCUGGGAUGAGAACCACUGUAAAGAGAAGAAACCCAAAGGGUUAUUCCAUCAGAUCACUAAGACCCACGGCACGGUGAUUGGCGUGUCUUCAGGCGUGGUCCUUGUCCUCCUUAUCAUCUCCAUCCUGGUCCAGAUGAAACAGCCCAGGAAGAAGGUGGUAGCCCGUCGGCCGGUCUUCAACAAGGCCGGUUUCCAGGAGGUGUUCGACCCGCCCCACUAUGAGCUCUUCUCCCUCCGCGACAAGGAGAUCUCCUCCGACUUGGCCGACCUGUCGGAUGAGCUGGAGAGCUACCACAAGCUACGCCGCUCCUCCACCACAUCGCGCUGUGUCCACGAGCACCACUGCGGCUCUCAAGCCUCGAGCGGAAGCAUGAAGCAGAGUCGCACCACCCUGAGCUCCAUGGAGCUCUCGUACCACAACGACUUCUCCAAGCCCCCACCCAUGAAGACCUUCAACAGCACCUACAAGAAAAGCUGCUACGGCUACAAACAGACUCAUGACUGCGCCGAGCAGGUAAUUGAAGACCGUGUCAUGGAGGAGAUCCCCUGUGAGAUCUACGUCCGCGGGGGGGCGGCCGGGACCAGCACCGGGCCUGGGGUUUGUGGCACCCUCAGCUCUCGCAACGGGGGCCGUAACAACACGACCAUCGUGGACCCCCAGCAACGUUCAAUGUCCAUGGAUUUCUAGGGGCCGCAGGGAGAGGAGGAGGACGAAAAGGAGGAAUGGACCUCCAGACUCAUUACAUUUUUUCUUUUUUUUUUCUUUUGGUCAGUCCAAUGGUGAGGAUACUAGCAUGCAGAUUCAGCCGAUCCCCCGUAUGCACAAAACGAACUGGAAGCUACCACAGAGGGGAACAGAGACAGGUCUAAACUACUUCAGACUGUGUUUUUACAUUAAUUAUGUCAAGCACAGAUGUAUUAUGCUUCUCAUAACUUAUUUGAGUCUUUUAUUUCUGUCUGUGUACUAUAUAUUAAAACUAUAGGAUCAAGCUAUAUUUUGUUGCUGAGCUUUUAACCUGUUUAUUUGGUAUUGUUUGAUUUGAUUAAAAAAAUUGCAUAUGAUGACUAUGAUGUGAUACAGGUUACGAUUAACAAACAUACAUGCAGAUUAAAUGUUCUGGGGAAAAAAGUUUAUAAUAAAACAUUCUGAAGUGGCUGAUUUUCAUGUAGGAUAUCUAGACUGAGGAAUAUGCUUGUUCUUUGUGUGCUUUUUAACAUGGUGGGCUUGAAAUCCAUUUGGGGAUUUUGUUGUGGUCUGCAAUGCCCAUAGGACCAAGUAGAGAAGAUAAGGGAUUGGGUUAUGGAUUAGAAUAAGGAGCAGAUUACUCCAUUACUUUCUGACUGUCAACAGCUGAGACUUUAUUUAAGAAGUUGAAAUAAAAUGCUGAGUGAUGUGAUAGCAGAUGGAAAAGGUAAGAACUGAUGUGUAAAAGAAGCACGAACUGUUCCAUCAACCAGAAAGAAAUGGGCCACUUUUUAUUCUUUCAGUCACUGGUUGUAUGAUUUCAUUAACUUUGAUUAAAGGAGAACUUACUCACC